CUCCCAGAGUUUAGCGUAAGCUUUCUAUCUCUCGCUGCCAAGAAUUUCAAUUUCACUCUCUUCACAUUCCAACAGCAAAAUCACUACAAUGGACCAGACAUUGGACGAAGUAAACAAGCACUGCGGCGAGCACGUCCAGGCAUACGCAUCAUGCGUGGACGGACACGAGCAGACAUGGAAGGUUGAUUGCCUGGAGCUGCGCAAGGCGCUGACCAAGUGCACAGACGAGAAUGUCACUCUGAUGAAGAUGGUCCGCAUGUCGUGCCAGCCGACGAUCGACAAGUACCAGGCGUGCCUGAACAAGAACUCGGACAACCCGGCCGUCUGCAUCGACAGCCUGCGCGAUCUGUACGAGUGCACAGAGAGUGUCGGCGAGAUGAUGGAGAAGAUGAACAAGCUGAAGCAGCGGGCGCAGGAACCAGCAGUGGCAAGCGAGUAAGAAGCUUUUUUUUACAGUACAAUAUUGGAAACAAGUAGUUAAAUAGCC